AUGUCCAGUUCGGGCGACGAAGUAGCCGAACUAAAGAAAAGCGGUUAUGCUUUGGGUGCUUUGCUGGGAGAGGGUUCGUACGCCAAAGUCAAGAGUGCCUACUCUUCAAAAAUCAAUGCCAGGGUCGCGGUGAAAAUCAUCAACAAGAAAAAAGCGCCUAAAGACUUCCGUGAAAAGUUCCUUCCGCGAGAGUUAGACAUCAUCCAAGUGGUUGAUCAUCCAAAUGUCGUGAAAUUAUACGAAAUUAUAGAAUUCAACGGGAAGGUGUUUAUUAUGAUGGAGUAUGCAGGCCACGGGGACCUUUUGGAGUAUAUCAAACUCCGCGGAGCAUUACAGGAAGAUCGUGCACAAGUCAUGUUCACACAAAUUGUCAACGCCAUGACCUAUCUCCACGAAAGGAAAAUAGUCCACAGAGAUAUGAAAUGUGAAAACCUUCUCCUUGACUGUAUGAAUAACAUAAAAAUAUCCGAUUUUGGAUUUGCUCGUUGCUUCGAACCUUCCGACGUCAGCAAAACAUUUUGUGGAAGUGCGGCGUACGCAGCUCCGGAGGUUCUCCAAGGAAUUCCAUAUCAUCUUCCAUCACAUGACGUGUGGAGCAUGGGCAUUAUUCUCUAUAUCAUGGUUUGCGCAUCCAUGCCUUACGACGACUCCAAUAUAAAAAAGAUGGUCAGUCAACAACUGGAAAAGAGGAUCGGGUUCUCCAAAGGCAAGAAGUUAUCGGUAAAUGUGAAGGACUUAAUCUACAAACUAUUGGAGGUUAACGUCAAGAAACGACCGAAUGUCUUCGCCAUCAAAGACCACCCUUUCAUUCUAAGUGCUCAGACAGACAACAGCGAAUGUGACAAAAAUCAGCAGGCGAUUAAUGGUUCUGACAGGCAAGAAGGAUAA